AUGCAUGGUUUGUUUACAGUGAAGGUGAAAUCAUCGUUCCUGUAUCCUCGGCACGAAAUGGAAGAACUAAGUUUUAAGUAUAUUCUUCUACGUGAUCGUGUCGGACACACAGUUGAGAAAAACUUUUUGUCGCUUGGCCUUACCACGAAGUCUACACCUUUGCAAGUUUUGCGAGGCGAGAUAUUAGAAGGUGUUCCUGAGGCUGAUCAGCCCACAGACUCAACUAAAGUUGCUGUUGUUGGAAUUGAACGUAAAUCAUUACGUCUUGAAUGUCCUAUGGAGGAUAUGACUCGACUAUCUGAGGAAGAAAGCAGCUUGCUUUUAGCGAUUACUUCAUCUGGAAAAAGAUACGAAACGUAUACAGAUAGGAAACGUCUGGCAUUUGGCCGACAACUGUCACAAGGAAGUGCUGUUUUCGUUGAGGUGAAAGGAUUUUCAAAGUUUUUGCCUGGUGUUGUUUGGUACAAAGGUGUAUUACCACCCUAUCUGGGAACUUGGUUCGGAGUUGAACUCAUCGUAAGUACUCGUGCACUAGUAAAGUCGUGUUGUUGGCUGUAACAAUUUACAUUAUGUAAGACGGCAGCAGAACAGAUUUCACGAAAUUAUCAUGAAGAUAACAUGUCACACCGAGUUAAGCUGGCUUUUUCAUUUGGUUAGUAUUUCAGUUAACCUUCUCAGACUUAGUGAAGUUGAAUUCAACUCUUAGAAUCUUUUUUUCAAUGUCUACCCUCCUAGAAGACUCCUAGGCUGAAGGGAAGAUUUAAAUGCUUUAUUCACUCUAAUUUGAUUUCGUUUUCGUUGUAGGCUCAAGUUUUGAUGCGCCUGGGUAUAGUUUUUAAAAUUCACCUUUCUUGAUAUACUAAUGUGGACAACUUCAUGUGACAUGGCCUUCCUUUCCAGGAUUUAUAACUUCAAAGUAAACAAUGUUGUCGAUUCCUUUGUAUGUGUUUUUUAUAAAGAACAAAAACAAUUCAAAACAAAAUUCUUAUUGGGUUAAGUUUUUAAGUUAUUGGGUUAAAUUUAAGUCUAUAAUCCUGCUUUCUUGAUAGUAUGGUGUACAUGUAUGUUGUAAACUGGAUGCUGAACAGUCAGUAUAGGAUGAAAUGUUUUCAUUGAUUAUGAUGGCAACCAUGGUGGUGAUAAUGAUGAUGAUAAUGAUGAAAGUCAUAAUGAUGGUUAUUGAUGACAAUUAUCUUCAAUAUUAAUGAUUGUGAUCUGUGGUUUAACAUAUCUAGAAACAUCCUGGGUCAGGAACAUGUGAUGGAACAUUUAGAAACCAGCGAUACUUUAGCUGUGAGCACGACUCUGGGGUUUUUGUUGGACUGGACAAAUUGACAGCUAGAGAAGGUGAAGAUGAUUUGAAAUCUUCAAAAAUUACAAAAAAAGAUGAACAUAUUCAGGCUAAGCUUAAAUCAAGUCUUAAGGAUUCAAUACUGUCAUUUUGGAAGGGAAAACAAGAGCAAAGGUCAUUUCAAGGAAUUGAUGGAGUGCUUAAGAUUGAUGACAGAGUUGUGACAUUUAUCAAGGAUAGUCCAACUAGAGGUACUGUGCGAUAUAUUGGUGAGGAGGAGGAUUCAACUGGAAAUGUUCAAAUAAUUGUUGGACUAGAACUGGUAGGUAAUCUUAACCUUUGACUUAGUUAUACAUUUCUUUGUGGAUAUAGAGUACUGCUCAAAAGUGAGUUGACAAAUCUACAGCUGACCGAUAAAUAAUGGUAAUAGGAGUGUGAGGUCCAAUUUGGUCUGUAGUCAUUCAAAAUCAGACAGUUGCGAAGCUGAAGUCAGAUUUGUCAAUCUUGAGUAUAAUUAUAGACAGAAUCGGACAACACAAAGUCCUGUUACUUAUUAAUAUUAAUUAUUACAAUUUCCAAAAAAAAAAAUACAUUUAAGACAAACAGCUGUGGUAGAAAAAAUGUUGAAAGUAGAAAAUUUCCUUAUGUUAAAAAUUUUCCUUUUUUUUUUUGUUGUAAAUCAAAGAUAUGUAGAUAAAUUGCAAUAAAUUGAUCAAAUGAAAUGAGUCAUCUAGUAAGCCAUUAUAUUUCAACUUUCUUAUGUCUAUCAGGAUGAAAGAGUGGGUGCUGGCUGUGGUAAAAGAUUGGGCUCUCUAAAAUUUGUUUGUAAGAGAGAUCAUGCAGCAUUUGUAACAUUGAAAACUGUCAUACCAGAGAAGGACUUUGAUGGUUAUCCUGAAAAAGCUGUGAGACAAGAAGCUCAGGGAAAGCGGGAGCAAAUUCAUGAAGAUGAAAUGUAUGCAAGAUCAAUGAGCUGUGUUAAUGUACCAUCAGGUAGACAAAUGAUUUGAUAUCUCAGUUGCUUCAUAAAUUUUUGUUUCACUUAGUCAAGCACACCAGGCAUAAUGAAGCAGAAAAUUGUAAUCUGUAAACUGAUGUCUCUUUCAUUCAGUUCCCUUAAAGCAUUUAGAUGCUGAGAAAUUGUUCUUCUGGCUAAAAAAAAGUGUGUUUAAAUGAAAUAUGUAAUUUUUGCCUUGGAAAUUUUGAAACACUCAAGCUUUAGGUGUAUGGUGACAUGGUGUCCUUAGGUGCCUUUUUUCUUAAUUUUCAGGUCUUUUCCAGGUAAAAUUAUUAGUAUGAAUGGUGUGUGACAGAUUAACAUGUAACUUUGCUAUUGCUGGGGCCAGAAUGAGUGCUAGGAUGACCAACCUUGUACCAGGCCCCUUUAGGGGCAUGUUAUUUUGUGCAGCCUUGAUCUUUGUUGUUGUUAUGUGAGAUGCAGAGCAUAAAAGAGUGUUGCAAAUUCUUCUAAGGUUGGAUGUUUGCAUACCUUUUUUCUUUCCACGGAAAUCAUUGAUCUGUGUGGGGAUGUGUAAGUGAUUGUAGACUUUUGAAAGGUACAAAAUUGUUACAAAACCUUUUAUUUCCAAUUCGUGGGUUCAUUGAGUUGUCAUACACCUUCUGUUCCAUUCCGUUUUGCGUAAUCUUAGUUUUUUCAGUUAUAGAGUAUGAAAAAGCUUCAUAAAUGUGUUAAAAAGUGUAUGGUUGCAAACCUUCUUUCACUCCAUGAUGGGCCAAGGGGAACAUAUUCACAACUGAAGAUAUCCUGUAGGUUAAAAACAAUUUAUAGAUGUGUUUUAAUUAUGUUUCACAGUAAAAUGUUUUGUUUGUGAUGUUUUCAGCAUCCAUUACAGUUGUAUUAGCAUUUUCUUAAGGAGAAAUCCCACCUGAUUUUCUCUUUUUUGCCCAAUUUUUAACCCUUUAACUCCCAGAAGUGAUUGACAUAAAACUUCUCCUUACAAUAUCCAUACAUUAUUCAGCAAACAGGUGAUGAGAAUAUUCAAACUUAUCAGGUAGAAGCUGCUAUCUUGAUAUAGCACCAAGUUCUCAUAACUAAUUUACUGGGAAAUGUAUAGCAGCUUGAGUGGAGAAUUAACAAUCAGAUCUUGGGAGUUAAAGGUCUAAUGGAAAGCAGUUGUUAGGGCUACCAGUUAAUCUUGUGCUACUGGAAGCCAUAAAUUAAAUACAAGGCAAAAUGACGGAGAAAUAUCUCAUUAUUCAAAAAAGUGCUAAAAUUUAUUGUUUGGAUUAAUUCACCAUGUUGGAAAGGUUGUUUCCAUCACUUUAGGCUAAUAAAAUCACGCAGCAUAGUGUUGAAAAUUUUGAAAGUUAAAUAAUUAUCCCUUUAACCCCUAAGAGUGACUACCCUCUUAUUUCUCCCAACAGUAUAACCCCUGCAUCACAUAGUAAGGUCACUUUGAGUCUCCAUUAUUUUUGGAACUAUUAUUGCAGUAUUCCUUGGAAUAUACAGUAUUUAUUUGAGCUCCAAAAGGUCUCCUUUUAUCAGGAUAAAAGGAAAGGUGUAACAACUUAUCACAGACUUCAGUACAAACUCAUGAAUUCAAAUUAAAAGGUUUGUACCUUGCUGCAUGCCUACUGUCAUUUUCACAUUCCCACACAGAUCAGUGAUCUCGUCAGCCCAUGGAAAGAAAAAAAGUUUGCAAACAUACAACUUAAGAAGAAUUUGCAACAUUUUUUUUGGCUCUACAUUUCUUACAAUAGCAAUAAAGGUCGAGCCACCACAGAACUUGCCACUUGAGGACCUGGUACAUGGUUGGCUAAUCCAUCAUUCAUUUGGAAAUUGGAAAGGCAUCUAGAGAUACUUUUAUCAUUGUAGUGUCUAGAACAGAUAACUUGAAGCAUUGUGGUGAGGUAAACAUAGUGGAUUCAUUUUGUAUCUUUAUCUUAGGUGCUAGUACGGAAUCUGUCAGAAAACUAAGAAGAACAAAUUCAAUGACCUCAGCUGAAACAGAACUCAUAAUGGCAGCUGGAGAAUCCAGCAAAACCAAUCUACAGGAUUUUAUGGAGAAACAACGUCAAAUGCUCAAGGAGUUUGAGGGUAAAAACCUACCUGACAAUCAAGUAAAUGAUGUCAACAUGCAUGAUGAAGAAAGGACAGACAGUGCUGAAAAUUUUCAUUUUAAAGAAGAUCAUUUUAAAAACACUCUCCAAGACAGGUCUGUUAAUGAUGGGAAUAAGAUAAUUACAGUGCAGCCUGGUUUGUCAAAUGGUGACUGUAAUUAU